UGUAAACGAGUCAGGCAGCAUAGUGGACAGUGCACACUGCACAGUGGACUGACGAUCUAGAGAAGGGAAGGUUACCUGCGAUGGUGAGAGCUGCUAGACGCAUAUUCUUGGCCAGAGAUGCAAGAGCUGCUGCAACAGCUUCAGCAGGACCAGCAUACGCUGCAGCAACAACAACUCGAGGGAGGGCCUCCAGCCCCAAGUGCUGCGCAGCCCAGAAUACCACCAGGCCCUGAGAAGACUAGGUUAAUCCAGCGGCAGCUCGUGCUGCUCGUGCACGCGCACAAGUGCCAUAACAUGGAGCAGAGAAAUGGAAACGUCGGAGAGUGCAAACUGCCCCACUGCAAAACCAUCAAGGACGUCUUGUUGCACAUGCGGAUGUGCCAAGCAGGCAAUAGUUGCCUCUUCCCGCACUGCGCUUCGUCUCGACACAUCAUUGCGCACUGGAAUAAUUGUGCCCGUCCUCAAUGUCCGGUCUGUGUGCCUCUCAAGCCCGCUGAUACCCGGAUGUCUACGUGACUUUCGGGACCAGUUUAUAUUAAAUAAAAUGACUGACUUAAU